GAUGCUAAAAUAAACACUGGUUUGAGCGGCAGAUCCAGAGGAUGGAUUUGAACUUGAAACUAUAUGCCAGUAUAUGUAGAAGUGCAGUUGAAGCUGGAAUAUUGUUUUUGUGUAAUAUUGGAGAAAAGAAUCUUCUGCAUAUAAAAGACAGUAGUUGACCCCAGCUCCACCUCCAGCAGCUCUCACAUGCUGCUUAACCUCUAAAUGCCUCAUUAUGAAUCAUUUAAUGACGUCAUGUAUGAUCAUAUAUCAGUCAGAAGAACCAAACCAAUACCAUUUACUUUAAUACUACAUUUUACCUCUAAAACCUGCACACUUUUACUUAAGUAGGAUUUUUGAUGCAGGACUUUUACUUGUAAUGGAGUAAUCUGAAUACUUACUUUUUAACACCAAACACUGCUGAUGUUGAUGAUGUAUAGUAAGCACAAGCUUACUGUAUCCAAAUGUUUUUAUCUAGAACUGAGGAUGACAACCCCAGUUAUCCGCAUUGUCAACCCAGAAGCCCCUGUGAAACGUCAACAGGCUGUACUGGUGUCGACUAAAGAGGCCCGGUACUAUCGGGAGAAAAAAAUGGUCUUCCCCAGACCUCCACCGGAGCUGCUGAACAAGGCCACUGCCCUGUCCCACGCAGAGAAACUCCUUCAAGCAGAGGGCAUCCCUGCGCCAUCACAUCAGCUGUGCUUGGGAAAGCUGGUGCUGCUAUUUGGCCAGUAUGAGAAUGCCCCAUUCCACUGGCUUGUGGCAAACGACGUUGGCUACAUGAAAUACACCCGCAGACAAGCACCACCAAGUGUAAUCCUACAUCAUGGCCAGGUGAUGACACUGAACUGUUAGCUGCAAGCCAGUCUCUGGAAGACUCGCUUAAGGCCCAGUCCCAUGGUUCUAGGCACAUGGCCAAGAUCAAGCCACCUGAGUUGACUGUCUGGCCAAAACAGCCUGAGAAGAAACCAGAGUCAGUUGUCCAGCCAAAAAAGCCUAGGCCUACUGUCUGCCUCCAGCAGCCCAAGUCCACUGUCCCUCUAGAACAGCCUGAGCCAUCUGUCCAGCCCAAACAGAACGCAUCCACUAGCCAGCACACAGAGGCCCCGUCCAUGACCCAGGGCCAUGAUUAUCCUGUGGAACCACUUUGCAGUGACAGCCCCGUGGAGCUAGAGGGCUGGGUACGUCUGUGGGAAGACUCCAGUGGCAUCCCAUCUGCCGACAUUUCCUGGCUCAAAGAGGACACCGAAAGAGGGAUGUUCACUCCAGUUCAAAUCUACAGGGACAACACUGGUUUGUUCAAGAGGCGACGGGUGAUGAAAUCCGACCGCAUGUGGUUUUACCCACCGGAUCCUCCCGGCUACAUCAGGGGGGGUGUGCCAACUCCUCAGCCAUUUUUUCGGAGCCGAGUCAUUGUGUGGCGCCCUGUUGGAGUGUGGAGGUACUCCCUGAAGUGUCUGCGAGGUGAUGAAUGUGUGGGUAGAGGACAGAAUGUGCAUCUCUACAAGUCUGGCUACCACACCCGGGUACGUCACAUCUGUGAUGUGUCCAGCUGGUACACAAUGCUCACUGAGGUAUUGUGCUGUGGACCCUGUACAAAGAUGGCUAGGAGUGGAGAAGGUGGAACAAUAGGUCGGUGGCUUGCGUGGGAUCCUGCUAUUUUAUCACAGCUUAGUGAGGCUCAUGAAGCGAUGUUCCCUGCCAUCCUCACCAGGAGGCGUGGUGUGGAUAGGAACAUUGUGCGCCUUCUGAGGGACCGGACCGAAGGCAACACUAUGGUCAAGGUGUGGCGGCAGAUACAGGAGAAUCAUGUUGAGGAGUACCUUCAACGUAAGGACCUGUACACCACACUCAUCAUGACUGUUUUAAAACCCGGAGGGAUCGUCUCUGCGUUAGGGCACACUUUUCAGGCUCCACCUCCUCCAAGAGAGCUUCCCUCUGCACGGCUCCUACGACAUGCCUUCCUGCUGGCAGAGGCCAACAAUGUCCAGGAUUACAGGAGCCAGAUCCUCUCCACUUUUGGCACUGUGCUCAAAAUGGAUUCCACAAAAAAAGUGGUGAAGAAGCUGUCUGGGGAGGGUGCAGGCUCAGCUGAGUGGUUCACCAGCAUUGGAAACGAGCACUCCCAAAUAGUUUCCUUUGUGCUGACCUGUGAAGAGUCUGCUGAGAAGCUGCAGCCGAUGUGCCAUGGAGUGAUGAACAGGUUUCGGCUGGCCAAUCAGCCUGUCCCCAAGAUCUUGUAUGUGGACAGUGGGUGUUGCCGUGCACAGGGCCGAACAGCUGUGGAGACUUUGUUCCAGCCUUGGGUGGAUAAUGGGAUGGUUGUGCGUCUGGACAUCUUUCACUGGAUCCACCGGUUUGAUGCAGCCAUCCGCACAGAAUCUCACUCCAAGUAUGCCAUGUUCAAGUCUGCGCUGGCUGGGGCAGUGCUGGCGUACAACCGCACAGACUUGGAGCUCCUCAUCAAGGCUGUCAGAGCUAAGGACCUGCCAGCGCUGAAGUGUGUGUCAGAUGAGGAUGUUGUACGCCGCUAUAUUUCCAGGGAGCAGCUGAAACACCAUGUUCGGAGGGUUACGCUCGGGGCUCAGGAAACAUUCCGGCUCGUCCACCUGGCCAUUGAGGAGCUGAAAGGUCCCGCUGGACUGGAUGAGAAUGGAGUGAGCCUCUUCAAAACACCUGAGGCCAUUGAUGAGAUGUGGGCAGCCCAGCAGCGACACCUGGAGUGCAUUCAGGAUCCACCAGAUAUGAACAUGUAUAGGGUGGCACGUAGCACAACCAUCAACAACGUGGACGUGCCCUACUAUAAAUGUUUGCGUGGAAACAACAGCCUGGAAGGAUUCCACAAAACUCUACCGAACAUGAUUCCAGGUCCCCACUGUGCAGCACGGCCAUAUCAGGUUUAUCUGAUAAGUGGCAUUGCACGGUGGAACUCAGACCGGACCUCGGAUGCUGUGUUUGGUGGCAGAGGACGGCACCACAGGAUUUAUUGUGCGCCACUGAUUGACCGACUCAACACCCGCUGUCGGCAGCUGUUCGGGGAGUCUGUGGAGGAGAACUUCCAGGCCCCUGCUGAUGUUCCGUCCAACGAGCUGCUUGGGUUAGAGUACCUGUUCAGCCAGAGCACAGGCGAAUCCUUCUCUCUCCAGGACAUUGUCAAUGAUGGACCCAGUCCAGAGGAGGAAGUGGUUCACCCUGAGCAGCCCGAUACAGGUGAAGCUGACGAGGCAUACCACAGCGACGUGGAGGCACAUGGUGAUGCACUGGAUGCCGACUUGCCUCACAUCACGCUCACUAGUGACGAAACCUCCACUGUUCACGCUCCGGCCUUUGAGGAUGCCUGCAGUCCAAACCCUCUUCCUGGCUUUCAAAAGCUGGAAAUGUUCUGCUCUUUGCUGGUGGAGAUUGGCCUGACAGAGGACAAGCUGUCACUUACCACUGAGCAGAGGAACAGGGCCCUUGAAGCCUGGAAUGCAGUGGAAGAGCAUGACAAGCAGCCACAGCGUUUCAACCAGUUGUACAGAACACACUGGGGCAAUACCCUCUAUUGCCGCACGAAAAGGGAUGAUCUUGUCGAUGCUGCUGUGAUACAGAGGGUGAAGAUGGCCAAGCGCUACGCACCAGCACAACAGGACAUCAGUGCUCAGAACAACAGGCUGAUGUACACGCUGGUGAAACUGUUGUGGUUGCGCUCACCUCAAGGGUCUCGCACCAGCCCCGAAAAGAGCACCAUCCUGAAGGCGUAUGAGCGAAUCCAGCAUCGGAUAUUGGUGGAGGAUCCAGUCCUGUGCAGGGCAGGCAUUCCUCUACCAAAAAUAAACAUCAAGACUGUGCGGGACUUCAUCCGUCGCCAAGAGAGGCUCCUCAACCUGCAUGCCACAAAACAGCCAGCCACAAUCACAAAGACCACCUCCAUCUCAUAUGCUGAUCUACCUCCAGCACCACACCAGCCAGCAGUCCUCCCUCCACCACAUUACCCCAUGAUGGAAUAUCUGCCCACCCCAGCAGGGCAGGGACAAAGGUGUUAAAGGGAAGAACAGACAUAACCAUGACACUCUCUCAGCCUCGGCCACCACUGCCACCUGUGCGCCUGCCACUGCCAGUGAGAAAAAAUCCCACCACCUCUACCAUCACCAGAUCUGUGGCUACAUCUGCAUCUACAGCAACCACCGCAAGUGCUGGCCCUUCCACAUGGCCCAUAACGCCUGUUGGUCAGGAGACGCCUGCGAUUGCUGGCCCCUCUACACGUCCCUUAAUGCCUGCCAUUCAGGCAACCUGUGGGAUUGCUGGUCCAAAUAUAUCAGUCCUUGCAAAUGUGCCUAUAAUGCCUGCUACUCAGCCCAUUAGCACAUCGCACAGCACUGGAGGUCCUUUAUUCUGGGCGAGAGCUACUCAAUACAAGCGCAAGCGAAAGGAACACCUCUCAGAGGUAGGAGCCCAAUUGUCACGGGUGCAAAAUCUCCCUGUCUGUAGAAUCUGUGACCAACCAACCCAGGGACAUAAAAAAUACAAAAAAAAGAGUUUCUGCCAUGUAAAAAUGAUGUCGUCAUCAAAAGGUCUGGACAACAUAGUCUAUGACAGCUAUGAACACUUCACCUCUGUUGUUGACAUAUUGAAGAAAUAAGUUGUAAAUAUGCUGUACACUAACAGUUUCUGCCAGUUGUUCCAAAGAAGCACCUGUGUCUAGCUCAUUUAUUUAUUUAUUUAUUUAUUUAUUGUCUUUUUUUGCCCCAUUUUCCAUGUCUAUUGCCAUUAAGAUA